GCGACCAAUUUCUUCUAAUUUUAUGGAUGCAAGGGGAAGGUUUCACACGUUUUAUGACCUAAAAUGUGAUCACCCAUAGGGAUAUCAGGCGUCUGAAGAGCGUACAUUUAGGCACUGCAUGGGCACGUCCGAAAGAAGUUACAUGAAAACGCGGAUUAAUUUACAUAGCAGUAUAUUAAUGACAAUAGAGAAAAUACAUUAGUCUCGGUAUAAUAAGCUAAACAAUGUUUUUUAUUUUAUUUUAUUUAUUUUUUAUAAACCAUAAUGGCUGGUUCAGCAAACGUUGAUGUGUAACGGUGAUGAAUCUCAGCGAAGACUUGCGUUGUGCUUUACUGCCAGAACUAGAAGUCCUGCACAACCGCUUCACUUCGGUAUUGCAUGAGUCUUUCAGCCUUUCCCGUUUCCACACGGGGCUUCUGUGAAUAAUGAACGAACACUUUUAACGUGUGUGAUAUGUUUGAUGGUUUUAAAAGACGAAUCGUGUGGGAGAAGCACUUUUGACAGGUACUUGUCUGUGACCAGUGUCGAUGUUUUGGACAGGCUGGAGAAAAUGCGGCCACACUGUUCAGGGCACAGAAGUUAAUUUGUAGGCAGAAGGACUUUUGUUGAAGUUUACCUGCGUUUUUUGCUAGUAAAAGUACUGUACAGUGUUUUAUUUUAUCAAUAUUGACGCAGAGAAAACACAAGUGAACCGAAUUCUCAGGAACCGAGACGCUGCACCGGGCUGGUUGAGUCUACAUGGUCCUCAUGUAGCAUUUAAGUCCAGCCCCCUGUGCGGGAACAGCGAAAGGGUAUUGUAUUACGUACUGCAAACGUGAUUAGAGAAAAUCUGACUGAAGAAUUAUGUCGGAAGUUGCUCCAGCUCCAGCCGCCGCCGCUCCGGCUAAGGCUCCCAAGAAGAAAGCGGCAAGCAAGCCCAAAAAUGCGGGGCCUAGCGUUGGGCAGUUGAUUGUGAAAGUAAUUUCUGCUUCCAAGGAGAGGAGCGGAGUAUCUCUGGCUGCGUUGAAGAAAGGUCUGGUCGCCAAUGGCUACGAUGUGGAGAAAAACAACUCACGCGUAAGGCUAGCUGUUAGAAGCCUGGUGACUAAGGGGACCUUGCUUCAGACAAAGGGAACCGGCGCAUCUGGCUCAUUUAAGCUCAACAAAAAACAGGAGAGUGUGAAGAAACCCGCUAAGAAAGCAGCUCCUAAAGCUAAGAAGCCCGUUGCGGUCAAGAAGGCAGCAGCGAAGAAGCCUGCGGCCAAGAAGUCGCCGAAGAAGAAGCCCGCUGCAGCUAAGGCGAAGAAGAGCCCAAAGAAACCCAAGAAGCCGACAGCUGCGGCGAAGAAGCCGGUCAAGAGUCCGAAGAAAACCAAGAAGCCGGCAGCAGCAGCCAAGAAGGCGGCCAAGAGUCCUAAGAAAGCGAAGGCGGCCAAGCCAAAAGUUGCCAAACCUAAGACCACCAAGGCCAAGAAAGCGGCUCCCAAGAAGAAGUGAACGCAUAUUACGCUAUAACGUA